AUGGCUCACAAAAGUACUAAUUAUUAUCGAUCGAAGUCGUUAAAUGCCCAAUGGGAAGAUCUAAGCCGUUCAAUUGGUGGCGUUCUGCACGAACGCGAAGGUCCUGCCGUCAAGGCGGAAAGAUCUCAGAUUACAACUGCUCAUUGGGUGAAUGAUUUGGAAAGGGCACACUGUGCUGAAGCUGGCUGCCGAAAGAAGUUUUCUUUGACAGAAAGAAAGCAUCAUUGUCGAAGGUAAAGCUUAUUGGAUGCUUUUAAAAGGGCUUGGUGUGCGAUAUGCACAAGAGAAGUGGAGGCGACAUUGGUUUUGUCGCCUCCACUUCUCUUCUCUUGAUUAAAUCAGCAGUGCCGCCGAAACACAUAUCUCACAGGUGACCCAAGCAAUCAAAGUUGAAAACCGCUAGAGGCAGAAAUAUCUGGGAUUUAAUUCGAAAUAACAUCAAGAUUUCCGUUUUGGUUCAAUUUUAUCCUUGUUUCAAAUUUUAUUUUCUUUUGCUUCAAACUCAUUAUCAUGCAUGUUAUUAUCUGUCUAAUCAUAACUAUAACAAAAUUCUCAAAUCUGAUUGGUUCUCAACUGCCCUGAUUUCAGCCUUAAUAGGACAGUUUAAUAGGACAGUACGCGUCAUGCCUAAGUAAUUGACAGUACGGGCCAUCACGCGCGCGCUUAAAUGGCUUUUUUGUUUUCAUUGCCAGCGAAAAAAUCGUGGAAUUUCUUGUGUUUUGAUUUAAAAAGAGCCCUAUAUAUCACAAAUUUUGUUAAAGUUAUGAUUAAUUGGUAACAGAACUUCGUGUCGUCCAAUUCGGUCUGUAAUCAUACUCGUGAUUAAACAGAUCGGACUCCCGCAACGCGGUCGUCCGAUUUUGUUAAUCACUCGUAUGAUUACAGACCGAAUUGGACUCCACUCAGUCCUGUUACCAUUAACUGGUAUUUAUUGUGACAAGAUUCUAAAGUAACUUUACCUAACUGUUAAAAUUUGAUCCACAAGUGCCAGAACAGCACAAUAAUAAUCGCAAGGAAUAUUGGCUAUCAAAAACUUGAGUAUCUUUUUACACACAGGUUGGGGGAGGGGGGGUUGUUCUAAUUGCAUGAAUGAUUUUGUAGGUAUUAACCCUCAGCGUACAAGGGGGGUGGUGGUUGCCUCCCCCCUCCAUCUGAGGUUUCUCUGAGGUUUUUUCUUAGAUGAUGAAAUGUAAGCAGCUGACGUUUUCAGUAGCUGUUUGUUUAUCCUUGGCACGCAUUUUGAGAUGAGUUUUUUGAUGGUCAGUUACUAUGGUUAUGAGAUAUGACAUCAUAAGUAGCAGGUGGUCAAGCCAUUUUUGAGUGAAAAUGCAUGUUUUCUCAACUUCUUUCAACAACAAAAGUAAUGAUUCAAAGUACUUAUUUAUGUGUUAUUUUACAUGUCAAGCACAAAAAUUACCAUUUUUUGCAGUGGUAAAAUCCAAGUUGGCGACCAUUGGUGGUGAUGUCACGGGCCUCCAGCAUCGCCACCACCCAUAAAAUAUACCUCAUCUUGUUGAGCUGAUCAAACGCUUUCCACUGAAGGCAAAAUCGCUUCAAAAUACUGCUACAUAUCAAAACCUCUCGGGAGGGGCUCCAUCAACCCCCCCUUGUACCAUUGUGGGGGUAUGAAUGUGCACGUAUGUCAGAGAUUUAAAUCCGUAGAAAAUAAAUCAAUUGGAAAAGGCCUGGUUUUCUUUUUAAAAAAAUGAUGCCCUCGUUUUCAUGUACUAGAAGUAAGAAGCCUCGUCACUAGCUGUCAGUAUUUCGCUGUUUUAAAUUCCACUUGUUUACAUCAUUGUCCCUGUUUCAACCCAAUCUUUGCGUCAUUUUUUGACAUUUCAUCUGUCCCAUGCUCCUGUUUCAAGGCCGUGUUGCUUGUCAGAAUUUUGCUGCAACAGGAUCUUGCAAUAUCAUCGUAUCUUUGAUAUUAAUUUAAUUUUCUCACUCAAAGUUCAUUUUGAUUUCUUCUGUAUAAAUCAGAAAUAAUUAAACUAUAAUAACUAAAAACGUAUCAUCAAGUCCAUCUUUUUGACACCUUCCUUUCCUUUUUCUUUGUCUUUUUUCAGAUGCGGUGAAGUGUUUUGUGGCAAGUGUACACAGUACAGAAGACGCCUAUCAUUGUUGGCAACUCCAGAUCCUAAUGGGUUUGCUUACAGAGUGAGUGUCCUCAUACCUUCUAAAUCCCAUUUAGAAUUUAUGGAGAUAGAAAAACAUAACCUUGAAGCAGCUUCUUUAGCCUGCAGGGGCGUAGCGUGAGAUUUUGUAGGUGUAAUGCAUGCCGGGAAGGUGGCGCAACCUAGGGGGUAUUGAGGCAUGCUCCCCCCCAGAACAUUUUUAAAUUUAGGGUCUUGGAAAUGUGAUUCCAGUGUUUUCCACAGGAUAUUUUUAAUAAAUAAAAUUAAUACACAAGAAAAUGAGGUAAUUAAUUGUUUAUUUUACCCAUCUCUAGUGUCGUUGGUAAGGUAAUGUGUUUAAGGGGAAAAAAAGGCCGGUGGCUGCAUCAGAAUUAUGGAAUAAUAUUAGGAUAAAGGAAAUAAUAACACAAAGACACCAGUAUCGUGCAAAAAACGUACCAGUCAUCCCCAUUUAAUGAGAAAAAAUGCUUUUUCUGAAAAAAAAAGUAAAAUGAAGCUAAUUUCCAGGGUGUCUUUUUUGAGAACAUGUGUUAAAACUUUAAGUUAAAUCUUGUACUCAUACUGGUUCUCAUCCUCAAAUCCAAAGCUCUCUAAUGUCAUUUGAAGGACAAACGUCCUAUCCAUAGGGAAAUAAAACACUCCUGGUUUCAUGCUACAGUAACUGGGUUUUGCUCUGGCCAUCAGGGGCACCCAAUGACUGUUUUCCAUAAAAUGUCUGUUCGGAGAGGCAGAUGACGUUGCUUAGGAUUUUCUAUUUCUUGAGAACAGCUAAAGAUUUCAAAAUGACCCUUCCACUCAGGCAAUUUUUGAAGCUUAUCUAAUAAAUGCCGUACAAUCUAAGUUUAAUUUUUCACAUUUCACUCCCCAGGUUAGGUUAUUUUUCUGCUGGAAAAAGGAAACCUAAAAUUUGGGGGUUCAUGGAGAGAGGAAUCAGAAAAAUUCUCACUUUUGUAAUACGUUAAUUGCAUCAAAAAUUUUCAAGAAAAUAAAACUGACUAGUCCUUGAAAUUGUGAAGACACUCAAGUUCUCCUAAGAUGACCGAACAGGUACAAAAUUUAUAGCACUCUGCUUAGAAUGCAUUUAUAGAUAGCCAAAAGUACUCUGCAUAGCCUAAAAAGUUUUUUCAUUGUAUUUAGGAGGAAACCAUCGUUGGGUGCCCCCGUGCCAUGCUGGCCUCGUUUGCUUGUAUGUGUGUUUAAUUUCUUUGUUGUUAAUCACUGGCUUCUACUGUUUCAAGGUAUGCAAGAAAUGUUUUGACAAGGGACCUCAAGGUACUGGAGCAUGGCGGUCUUUUACAAAAGACUUCAUAAUGCGUCGAGAAAACUUCAAGAAAAGAGUUAACAAUAAUGGACAAAAUGUUGUACCAAAGCAACCAACAAGUGUUUUGGAAGAAGAAAUGCAAAGGCUGGUAAAUGGCUACAAGAAGCAUGUUGGUUCAUCUAAGAUCAAGUCUUUCAUGACAGAAGCCUUCAGUUUAGUGAAGAUUCCUGACUGGCAAAAGUCGAAGCACUGGAUGGUGAGAAUUAGAAUAGCUUUAUGUAACAGGUACUUUGAAAGAUAUGGGUACAAAAAAGAAUGGUGCACAUUAGGGAGACAGACAAAGGGAGAUGGAGGGCCUUGGACAGGUGCUCUCUCUCCUCGCAAGCCUCCAUCAUUACUUACCCUGUUCUUUCUUGGUAUAUUACUUCCAAGUACCUGCUCUGAAGGUUUCAGAAAUGGAAAGACCUACUCAACAUAUGGUAACUUGUGGAAGAAAAAUUUUUCAUAAUGAAGAGUUGCACGGAAUGAUGCCUUAAGUGACUACUUAUUUAAUGUGGAAUGGCAAAUUGGAGGGAGAAUCUAGCUGUUCACAGUUGCAGAUAAAGAGGAAUUCCCCUAAAUGCAUGUUAUGUAUGCAGAGAUUUUUAUACUAAAUUAACAACUUUUGGACUUGAAAACUGCAUUUUUGCCACUGAAGGAUCAUCAAUUUUAUAAGGAUCUACUCACUUGAAGUUUACUCGAAAAUCAUGUAUUAGGACCAGGAAAAGUGGAAGCAACUAGCGUCCAUGGUGUGAAUAAGUUGGGACCCCUUAAAUAAAACAUUCUAGGACCUCUUCAAUAUUAAGGAGCUCAGUAUAAAAUAGUCUAUGUGAUUCAGAGCUAAUAGUUGGUUUUGUUUUGUUUUGUUUUUUUUCCUUUCUUCUUUUGCAGCAAAACUCUUCAACAAAUGUUUGUACUUUGUGUGAGAAAACGUUCUCAGUAACUGAGACAAAGUGUCACUGCAAGUGAGUAACAGUCUUGUAAGAAUGUCAAAAUGAUAUCUUUAGUUUAUUUUAGAACAUUAAUAUUUUAGCCAUGGCCUUUUUGUUAAGUUACGUGUCUUUGUAUUUCAUAUCGACUUCACCAUAGAAUGGUGGAGUGGAAUGGCCCUUGAAAUUUCAAAUGAGAAUUCUGAGAAGAAAUUUUACCAUUUAGGGUGGAUUUCCACUGUUCCGUGUGGAGGCGUGUGUCACCGAGCGGUUAACACCUCGAACUCUGGAUCUGGAGGUCCGGGGUUCAAGCCUCGCCCGUCGUGUUGUUUCCUUACACAAGAAACUUUACUCCACUUUGUCUCUCUUUACCCCGGUGUAUAAAUGGGUACCGGCGACAUAUUGCUGGUGGGGAGUGGGAGCAAUACUCCUAGGCAUGCUUUAUGCUAAGGAAACCGGGAUACGCUGCGACCGUUUGGGCCUUUGGCUCGUGUGCGCUUUUUUUACCUCCACCGUCGCGUUUCAUUUUUACGUAAAAAUGCGUAAAAAUGCGUAAAAUGUACGUAGGUAAAUAAAGUAGAGGUAGUGUAUAAAAAGGUCGCGCGUAAACGUUCAACUUCAACGUUACGCGCGACCCUUCAUACAUUGCCUGGAAAUCCACCUCAGGGUAUAUGAAAAUAAUCUUUUUAGUUCCAAUUAACCAGGAGAUUAAAAAGAAGAUAAACCUUGUAAAUGAGCGAUAAAUAUGAACCAUGAAAUAAUUAGUAUUUCAUUUAACCCUUUAGUCCCAAUGGUGACCAACAUCAAUAUUCUCCUAACAAUAUCCAUGCAUUGUUAAGAGAUUAGGUUAUGAGAAUUGAUAAUAUGAUCACGCUAGAGAAAAUACCUUGAUCUUUUAUCAAAUUCUCUUAACUCAUUCUUUAAGAAAAUGUAUGGAGACCUGUUUGGAGAAUUUGUAUAUGGAUAUUGGGACAACAUUUUUGAACUUACUAAGAAGUCAAUUGGCAGCGAUGAUGAAAGAUAGUACAAUAAAAAAUAAAAAAUUAAGGAAAGAGAAAACAUAGAGUAGGCCAAAGACCAAAAUUAUUUGAAACCAAGUGAUGCUAAAAUGUGGAGAUCCCUGAGCCGUCUUUCUUGAAAAAGAUCGAAAAAGGGCCCUGUAUGAUUUAAGAAUGGGGCCCUCUAUGACGUUGACGUCCUGGACGUCGAAAAUGGCAACCGGAAGUUAAUAUUUUCUCUCUAUCAAUGCUCUGACUCGUCAAAUUCGUACAGCGGGUGUGAAAACAAAGGCAUUCAGGUUCGUUUUGUGAGACAGAAGCGUUCCAUCAAGCGAAACAUCGAACUUCCGGUUGUUAUUCAUGACGUUCGGGACGUCAACGUUCUCGUUGCUUAAGCUCGCUAAUUCCUAGAGUAAACCCUGGAUCUGGUUUCUGUUCAAGGUUAUGCGCUAGCCACAAGUAAAUUAACGGACUAAAAGGGCGGCCGUGGUCACUUGAUAGAGAUUAGACUACGAGCAGUCUCUUUUUUCUUAGUCCGUUGAGCGAAACGCGCGAGACACGAAAAUGACUAUGCGCGUGAUGGGCUACCGCCCUCGUUUCUCGCGUCUCGCGGCUUCCCCGCUCGGACGUUCCCCGCUCUGUUCCAGGUUCCGAGAUAGUCGGGUGCGCGAAAUUGAAAAAGCGGGAACACUUUUUUUCCCAGAUCAAGCGCUUAUAUUUUCGCUUGCCUUACACAUCCCUACAAUCUGAGAGCCUGGAAUAAGCUAGACGCACUUUCAAAGUUGUUGUUUUGCCAAUCUAAACCUAUUGCUUUUUCUCAGCACUCUCUUCCUUUUAAUUUAACCUUCUCCUUUCUACAGGGUUUGCGGUUCUAUAAUCUGCUCAUCAUGUUCAUCGGAAACACUCAUUCUAUACCCCGCUGGACAAUCCAAUACCGUAAGUUGGGCUCUCAUCAACAUCAUCGGUUCCCCGGAUGAGGAACCAACCGGGUGUUUUUACUUGCGAAUUUGCAACGCUUGUCACGACAAGGCAGCGGUAUUACAGGCAAAUACCGUCACUGACGGAGCGCCUGUGACGUCCAUACUGGACGACAUCGCUAAUAUUCAUCAGACUCUUAUCAAGAUUCAGAUUAAAAUUAAUGAUAUGCUUCCUAAGUAUGAGACUCUUGUGGAUGCGGUAGAGGCUAAAACAGAUUUAAAGGGGCUCAUUCCCGUUCAGCAGAGUGCUACGCAGACAAUGGCUAAGUAUCAUUUGGAUUUGUCAGAUCUCUUCACGCAGUACGCUGUUGACAUGCAGGGCAUAAAACGUCUCAAGCCGCAAACGAACACCCAGAUAAAACUUGCUAAAAAUUUAGCGAGCGGUAUGUUUAACUUCUACGGUGAUAAUUUCCCGCUGUUUAGAGAUUGCAAAAGGCGCGUGGUAGAAAUUCUUCCGCAAGAAAUACUGGAGAAAGUUCAAGUGAUCGUCGAUCAAAACGCCAUCAACAACGCCUACAUUUACACCAAACAGCUUGGGCUCGAGGCUUUGCUGUUGGCUGAUAAACACAAAUUUGAUAAUCAAAUUGCCACUUUGCUGGCCAACUGUGAGAACGUCUGUCUCGAGGAUUUGAAAUCGCAGAUCAGGGAGAGUCAAGAGGACUGGGAUCACCAUGAAAAAACUCUGCAAGAGUUGCUUCACGUUAACAUUAAAGACCAUCGCUUGGUUGUUCCCUCUAGAAAAUCGACGCAUGCGCAAGGUGCGGUUUACGUACAGGCUUUUUUGUUUGAUCGCUGUUGUCUUUUACUAGCAAAAACACUUUUUCAGUUGAGUGCUAAGACAACUGAGAAAAAGUUCUCGGCUUCUAAAGAAGCGUUGCAGAAUUUGAGCAUACAACUGUCGACCUUAAGAUAA